AUGUCACUCUACUUUGAUGCGGUCAAUAUCUUGACCGAGCCAUCUUCGGGUGGCUCCUUCAAAUCCCGCAUCUACAGCGCGCGCAACUUGCGUGCGACGCCGCCGCAAAUCUACGCACUAAUCAUCGAGGCUUCCAAAUGGGACCGAGUCCUCGCCGAGGUCAUUGAGCGUGCAGAUAUUCUAACCUGGGAACGCAAGCUCAGUCCACUCCUUGCCCUCCUCCUGGUCCAUGACCACCUUCUUUCCAAGAAAGGCAUUGCUGCUCCCGCUACUCACCCACUCCGUCAAGCCGUGGAACGGCAUAAAGUCCGGCUGAAGGCUGAAUUUACCAAGGCUCGUGUGCGCCGGGGAUGCGCCACGGUCGAGCAGCUCAAGGCAGCUCUUCUGCGCGAGAAGCGACAGGCCCAUGGCGGCAGCCAUUUCAUCUAUCCGCGAUGGGUGCGCAUUAACAACAUCCGCAGUACUCUCGAUGAACAACUGCGCACGACCUUCUCGUCUUACGAGUGUGUAGAAACUCUUGCGGAGUUGGCACCGGAGGAUGAUGACCCAAAGAAACGAAAAUUGUUGUAUAUCGACCCCCAUAUCCCGGACCUGGUGGCCGUUCCUUUUGGUGCCGAUUUCACCUCUUCCCCUGCCUACAAGAACGGGGAGAUUAUUUUGCAGGACAAAGCCUCUUGUUUCCCUGCAUACCUGCUACUGGGGGACCGCGGGCCUCAGGAUGCCUGGGAAGGUGAUCUCGUGGAUGGCUGCGCCGCCCCGGGGAAUAAAACGACACACAUGGCGUCUCUACUGGCGAAACAGCGGAAGCAAAAGAAGACUCGAAAACAGAUCUUUUCUAUGGAUGCAUCCAGAGUGCGUUCUAAGACGCUGCAGAAGAUGGUUUCUUUAGCCGGGGCGGAUCCAACCGUCACCGUUCUACAGGGACAGGAUUUCCUGGCUUUGGAUCCUAUGGAUUCCCAAUUCGAGAAUGUUUCAGGCCUCUUGCUCGAUCCUAGCUGCUCGGGCAGCGGUAUCGUCGGCCGGGAUGACGUUCCCCAGCUUACGCUACCCGUUUCGAAAGCAUCCCAGCCCUCGAAGUCGCAAAGCAAAAAGCGGAAGCGUCGCGUAGACGAUGGCGACGAAGCCGAGGAGCAGCAGCCGAAAGCAACGGCAGCGGCCUCCACUGCUUCACCUUCGGACGAGAAUGACAUUCCUACUGAUGCCGUUGACCACGAGCGGCUGACCAAACUGUCGAAUCUCCAGGCACGAAUUGUCGAACACGCUAUGAAGUUUUCCAGUGCAACCCAUGUUACCUACAGCACCUGCUCCAUUCAUUUGAUUGAGAACGAGGCCGUCGUGGCUCGUCUCCUGUCUUCGGAGGUUGCUCAACAGCGCAGCUGGCGGCUUCUACGUCGCGACGAGCAACCGGAGGGACUGCGGAAGUGGAAAUACCGUGGCAUUCGGCGCGACCGGGAUGCUGAAACCGACGUGGAAUCAGACGAGAGCGCAGUGGUCGCUAAUUUGUCCGAUGAAGACCUGGAGGCUUGCCUGCGCUGCUGGUCAGGCGAUGCCGAAGGCCUCGGAGGCUUCUUCGUCGCCGGCUUCGUUCGUGACUCCCUUAGUCACACAGCCAGAGAAGCCGCGUCACCGCAAGAUGACCAAGAAGAUAAUAACGACGAAGGGGAAUGGGAAGGGUUUUCUGAUUAG